AUGGUUCAAUCCGCAGUUCUCGGUUUCCCCCGUAUGGGUGAGAACCGUGACCUCAAGAAGGCCACCGAAGCUUACUGGGGUGGAAAGAUCUCCCAGCAGGACCUGCUCGCUGAGGGAAAGAGACUUCGUCUCGCUCACUGGAAGAUCCAGAAGGCUGCCGGUGUCGACAUCAUCCCCAGCAAUGACUUCUCUUUCUACGACCACGUCCUUGACCACAUCCAGCUCUUCACUGCUGUCCCUGAGAGAUACUCCAAGCACAAGCUUGCUCCCAUUGACGAGUUCUUCGCCAUGGGCCGUGGCCACCAGAAGCCCGCUACUGAGAACCAGUCUGCCGUUGACGUUCCUGCUCUGGAAAUGGUUAAGUGGUUCGACUCGAACUACCACUACGUCAAGCCUACCUUCCAGGAUGGCCAGACCUUCAAGCUCCAGCCCAGCCCCAAGCCUGUGAACGACUUCCUCGAGGCCAAGGAGGCCGGUGUUGUUACCCGCCCUGUCAUCCUCGGUCCCGUCUCGUUCCUUGCCCUUGGUAAGGCCGACCGUGGCCAGUCUGUUGACCCCAUUUCCCUUCUCGACAAGCUGCUGCCCGUCUACGAGGAGCUCUUGGUCAAGCUCAAGGAGGCUGGCGCCGAGACUGUCCAGAUUGAUGAGCCCAUUCUCGUUCUUGACCUUGCUCCCAAGAUCAAGGCCGCCUUCAAGCCUGCCUACGAGAAGAUCUCUAGCCUGAGCGGCAAGAUCCCCGAGGUUGUCCUUGCCACCUAUUUCGGUGACAUUGUUCACAACUUUGACGUCCUCCCUGCUCUGCAGAGCCUCUACGCUCUGCACGUGGACCUUGUCCGCCACCCUGAACAGCUUGAGCCCGUCAUUGCUAAGCUCGGCGCUAAGCAGACCCUGUCUGUUGGUGUCGUUGACGGCCGUAACAUCUGGAAGACCAACUUCCAGAGAGCCAUUGCCACCGUUGAGGCUGCCAUCCACAAGCUCGGCAAGGAGCGCGUCAUUGUUUCCAGCUCCAGCUCGCUUCUCCACGUCCCCCACACCUUGGACAGCGAGAAGAAGCUCGACGCUGAGGUCAAGGACUGGUUCUCCUUCGCCAUCCAGAAGGCUGGUGAGUUGGCUGUGAUUGCCAAGGCUGUCACUGAGGGCCCCGCCGCUGUCCGCGAGCAGCUCGAGGCCAACGCCAAGUCCAUGGAGUCUCGUGCCAGCUCCAAGCGCACCAACGACCCUGCUGUCAAGGAGCGUCAGGCCAAGGUCACUGAGGGCAUGCACGACCGCAAGUCCGGCUUUGACGUCCGUUAUGCUGAGCAGAAGAAGCACCUCAGCUUGCCCCUCUUCCCCACCACCACCAUCGGUUCCUUCCCUCAGACCAAGGAGAUCCGUAUCCAGCGUAACAAAUUCGCCAAGGGUGAGAUCACCGCUGAGCAGUACGAGCGCUUCAUUGAGAAGGAGAUUGAGGAGGUUGUCCGCAUCCAGGAGGAGCUUGACCUUGAUGUCCUUGUGCACGGUGAGCCCGAGCGUAACGACAUGGUGCAAUACUUCGGUGAGCGCCUUACUGGUUACGUUUUCACCACCCACGCCUGGGUUCAGAGCUACGGAUCCCGUUGCGUGCGUCCCCCGAUCAUUGUCGGUGACAUUUCCCGUCCUGCUCCCAUGACCGUCAAGGAGUCCAAGUUUGCUGCUUCCGUUGCCAAGAAGCCCAUGAAGGGUAUGCUUACUGGUCCCAUCACUUGCUUGCGGUGGUCUUUCCCCCGUGACGAUGUCCACCAGUCUGUCCAGGCUCAGCAGCUCGCUCUUGCCCUCCGCGACGAGGUCGUUGACCUUGAGGCCGCUGGCAUCUACGUCAUCCAGGUCGACGAGCCUGCUCUCCGUGAGGGUCUCCCGCUCCGUGCUGGUACUGAGCGUGAGAAGUACCUCCAGUGGGCUGUGCAGUCUUUCCGUCUCUCGACUGCUGGUGUCGAGGACUCGACUCAGAUCCACUCUCACUUCUGCUACUCUGAGUUCCAGGACUUCUUCCACGCCAUUGCUGCUCUCGACGCCGACGUCCUCUCGAUUGAGAACAGCAAGAGUGAUGCCAAGCUCCUCAAGGUCUUCGUCGACGAGUCUUACCCCCGCCACAUUGGCCCUGGUGUCUUUGACAUCCACUCCCCCCGUGUUCCCAGCGAGGAGGAGAUCAAGACCCGCAUCGAGGAGAUGAUCCAGUACCUCAAGCCUGAGCAGCUCUGGAUCAACCCCGACUGCGGUCUCAAGACUCGCCAGUGGGCUGAGACCAAGCUCCAGUUGACCAACAUGGUCAACGCGGCCAAGUUCUACCGCCAGAAGUUCUCUGCCUAA